GUUAUCACUACCAUAGUUACUUCAUCAUCGCUGUACGUUCACCGUAUUCUCUACAUGUUGUGGAAUAUGUAUUGUUUGCUGCAUUAAUAUUAAAUGUUCUUGAUGUAUGCUAUGCAUAAUUUGGAAUAAUAUGGCAUUGCUCUUUUUAAUGCUGUAACCAAUGAAAAUGCCACCAAGUCGUAAGCAAGAAUUAAAUUGGAAACGGAGGUUAUCGUACGAUUUAAGCAGUAGUUUUCCGAGUGAAUCAUUAACGCAAGCAUUUGAAGACGUGAAGAUGGAAGACCUGGAUCUGUCGAGCAGUUGCUUCGGAGCGAUCCGUACGGAGAAAGGACCGCUUGAUGACGACGAGUUGAAACCUCUUACCUGGCUGCACAGCGCAGAUCUUCUCAAAGAUAUUAACCUAGAAGAUGAUGAUGAGUACGACGAUGAAGAAAUCAUGUCCAAAGAAAACUGCGAUAUAAAUGGCGGUCUCAUAAACAAUAUUAAUAAUCGAGCGAACAAUAAUGCCUCCGAUUCAAAUGAUCCAAUCAAACAAGUGAACAGCAAACCUCCGUUUUCCUUUAGUUGUUUAAUUUUUAUGGCAAUAGAAGAUUCUCCGACAAAGCGUCUUCCGGUUAAAGACAUUUAUCAGUGGAUUUUGGAUCAUUUUCCAUACUUUCAUUCAGCUCCGACCGGAUGGAAAAACUCUGUGCGACAUAACUUGUCGUUGAACAAAUGUUUUAAGAAAGUCGAAAAGGUUAAAGGACAGACAUUAGGGAAGGGAUCGUUAUGGUGUGUUGAUCCAGAGUAUCGUCCAAAUUUGAUGCAAGCGCUGCGAAAGACACCGUAUCAUCCGUAUCACUACGCAGUUCCUUAUAGUCCGUAUACACAUCAUGCUCCACUAACUGCCAUAUCAAGGUCACUUGGCAUUGGUUGAACGUAUUUUGAGUGGACGCAUGGAUAGGAAUCCUCAUGACCAUGGCAUUGAUCCAGAAGUUGAAGUGGAUGCCGCUGCAACCAUGAUGAUGUUCAAGACGCCCCCAGAGGAGAGAUUGGAACAACAUGAUCGGCUGACUUCACCGCAUCGGGCGCACACCAUGAAGACGCCACUAUCCAAUUCAAUAGUUCUGCCUAAUGGCCUAGUGUUAAUGAAUACGAUGAAGUUUGGAACCAUUGAGCGCAAGCCUACGCUGUCAGACUUAGCAGACAUGGCACUCACAGAUGGAUAUCGAAGGAACGGGCAAGCUGGUAACUGUAUCCCAUCUCCAGCACCAGCAGAAGAUCAUACUUAUAGCAUCGGCUCUGCUGUACGCAGAACCAUUCCGGUAGCAGCUCUUCCAACGGAGAAGGGUUACACCGCAUCAGAUGAUGAUCCGGUGGAGAGCGAUAUGAGCGAUUUUGAGAGCGUUGGCACCGAAUCUGAAAUGGAAGAUGAAGAUGACGAGGAAUCCUGCGGACUUGGUGAUAGUGGCUACGGUUGCGGGUUCCGUAAAGAGCUGAAGAUACGCCUGCCAAUCAAGAAGAGGACCAUUUCGGAUUCUCCCGUUGCAAUGGAGACUGCAGAUUCGGCAGCAGUGGAAGGUGCAGAUUUGCUUCUCAACUUAGCAGGAGUCCAACGUAAUACCUCCGUUGAGACCAAGACCUCUGUAAACCAAAUAACGGCAAGAUGAUUCUAUAAUUAUCAAAGCUUUGUAAAGGAUGGAAAUCAGGUCUGCAUUGACCCUCUUCCGAAAAAUGGUGCCAUGUAUGGAUUCUGUAUGGAGACGUGAGAGAGUCUAUCCGAGAUGGAUACUCUCGCAGACAGCUUUGAAAUCAUACAGGAAAGGAUAUCAGAGAAGAGAGUAAUUUUGACAAAUGUGCUAUACUAAAAUAAUAAUAGGUGAAUUUUGUGUUCUGACAAAGAUUAUGACCUUAUCCUUAGUUUUAAAAUAUUAUAUAACUAGGGAUUUUUUAUAAUUGUCUCACAGUAGAUUAACAAUGAAUGAUUUUUAAAAAAAUUGGGCAAAAACUAGCUUUAUGAAAUUUAAGAAACACUAACAAAGGCAAGCAAUUAUUAUUUAUAUUUAUACCAGACAGUGAAUUUGUCAACAUGCGAGUGUGCCCGAGAUAUUGAUUAAUCUUCCAACUGUCUGCUACUUCUGAUAUUUGUGUUUUUAUACCAACAUGUACACAUUAAGAAACGUCAGUGCAUAAGACGAGGCUAAUUUCGGCCAGUUUACCCAGCUCUUGUUGCGUUACUAGAAAUACACUUUGAGAGAGCCAAUUGUCUUAAUAGUUAGUACUAAGCCCCGAAUCAAAAUUCGUCUGCACACUGAAAUCGUCUACUUGUGUGGUUUUCUUUCAUGACUUCCCCAUGCUCUCUGACAACUGUGCUUCCAUGCCAACGAUUUUUCAUAUACAUCAUAUAUUUAUUUACAAAAACAUAUAUGAAUAUAUUAUAGUCUAUAAUAUAUACAUAUAUACAUGCGUUUUCAUGUAAACAAAUAAAUGCUUAAAUAUGGUUAUGUAUAUUUGUUUGUUGGUUUCUUUCAGAGGUUGAGGGUUGGAUCUAAAGGGAUCACUACCUCUCCAUGUAAUAUACAGUAUAUAUAUAUUUUAAUAUUUGUUAUGAUCAUCUCCAUAUUUUCUCUUACCAAUCCAAGAUCCAGGUUUAUUUCUGUCAUGGACAAAUGAACAAAGUAUUUUAGAAAGCAAAAUUUUGUCUGUUUUUAAAAUUAAUGAAGAUUUUUUUUAUGUAUGUACAUUAUCAGGGUUUGUUUCAGAGGGUGGCUGCACAAAUGGUGGAAUGCUGCUUUUGUGAUGUAUGAAAUGGAUGUUAUGCAAACCUUACCACAUUUUUAAUGUAACCUUUUAUGUGAACAAAAAAAAAAGAAGAAUAAUUUUGAUUGUGUUUAUAAAUUAUUUUGCGUAAUCUAGUCUGCUCAGAUGGUUUGAAACUCAUGUGGAAAUUAUUAGAUGAUUAACAAAGACUGUUAAUUAUUGUCUAAUUUAACCCUUUAUAUAUUAUUAUGUACUAACAAACUUUACAUCUAAAAAAAAAGAACUGCUGAACAACUCAAUUGAGAUUCAAAUAAUUUUUACAAAGAAAAUAUUACAAAUUAAAAAUAUUAAUUAUCAUAAGCCAUAUGAACAAAAGCUUAUUAUUAUGUUUAAUGUAUCUAGUCAUGAAUUUUCUAUUUUUUCUAUAAUUAAUUUUAGAUAAUAAUUUGAAAUAAUUGUUUAAUCUCGUCAAAAUUCAACAAUUAUUUCUACGAUUAUUCUUUUUAGUAUUAUAUUCCUUUUCUUUCUGAAUGUAUAUGAAAUAUGUACCAAUGAUUUGGACAUUUUGUAUGCCAAGAAAUGUCAAUUUAAUGUUAUUAUAUUAACUGAUUAAUUAUGCAUGUAUCUUUUUAACGAUUUCGCUCAUUAAGGUAUUAUAAUAUUUUACGACGAUCUUCCAAUGCAUAUAACAUGUAAAAUGAAAUGCUAGACCUGAAUUUUUUUGUGCCAUUUUGUUUUUCUGAACAUGAUCAAAUCCAACUUAUUAAAUAGAAUGCUAAAUUAUUCUCUGGAUAUUAAUAGAAAAAUGUAUAAAAAAUUAAAUAUUGAACAAGUUGGUUUGUAUUCCACAAGGUGCUUAAAGGGGUAAACGCAGUGAGGCCGGCAUCAAAUCCAAAGAUAUAUUGUAUAUUAUCUUAAUUUCCUAGUAGUAGUCCUUGUGUAAGAUAUAUUUUAGUUAAUAACCAUUUAAAAAAAUUAUUUUACUGGAAUUUAAGUGGAAUAUGGUAUAAUUAUAUUUUUUCAUAUAAUUUCUCUCAAGUAUAUUAGUUGUAUAAUCAUUUAUAAUUAGGCAUUUGUGACGGUUAAUUUAUUGAUAUCUUACUUGCAAUAGCAAUUAAAAUUUUGAACCAAGGAAAAUAGAAAAAAGAAAAGUGUAUAGUAGAAUUAGUAGGGUUUGGAAACUGUAUGCCAACUAAACCAAGCAAGACAA